CCUUUGUCUCCGAACAAGGUCGAUCGCUACACUGUAGUGCCGUGCACCCAGCUCCUCUUCGGCAUCUUGGACGAGGGCUCAGGCGCGCCCUCGCGACGGGUGGGACCAUGACGACUCCACCUUGGCACGGGUAUUCGGGCAGGUGAUUGAAUGUCGUCUUUCACCACUCAAGAGGGAGGCGGGCACACCACUGCGGCGGGCCAGAAAAUGUACCACGUGCGAGGGAGCUGUUCGUUUGAGCUGCAGCCAAGGACCCAAGGCGAUGGUACAUCAGACUUGCCAGAUGACGGCCUUUUGUCGGACGAAGAACGCACCAAGCGGAAGAAAACACGAGGGGCUGAGAAGAGGACGCAGUACAGCAACAGGAAGAAGGCUGCGGUGGUCGCGGAGCUGCGAGAGCUGGAGGCCGAUCACGCCGAAAAGAUGUGGCAUGUUCAAGGCGUGUCGUGCCAGCAGUUCCUGGCAAGGAAGACGGGCAUUCCCCAACCCAACAUCUGCAAGUGGAACGGUGACGCAGAGAAGCUGAUCGCAGCCGCGGCCAAUGACUUGAAGAAAGACCUUUUCAAGACUGGCAGGGAGAGGAGGUGGUUCGGAGACGCAGAGGAGAAGCUGCACUCGCUGCUGCUGCAACGGCGCAAGAGGAAGCUCAGAGUGUCGACAGCCUGGAUUCGAGUCAACGCGAGAAAGCUCCUAGUGGCAAUGUAUCCGGACGACCCGCGUGCAAAGAACUUGUCAGCGUCGGACCGGUGGUGCAGGAAGUUCGCGAAGCGCCACCAUCUCUCGAAACGAAGGCGCACAAACAUGAAGAACAAGUCGGUGGAGGACCGUCUUCCGCAGACGAAGAGCUUCCACAGGAGGCUGCGCCAGCUGCUGCAGGAACCACCCAUUCGCCGGGCCGCUGCUGGGGGCGCCGCCGAGAACAACGGCGCUGCGAUCGUUGGGCUCGCAUUCGUCAACGGCCUUGACUCGACAUGGGACGAGACGGGAGCUUUGCGAGUGCAAAUUGGGCAGCCGUUCCCUGGUCUUGAGAAGCGACAGUGCACCGUCAACUGUUGCAUCGGAGCUGGCGACAAGUUGAUGCGGACCGCGGUCAUUUUCCGCGGCAAAGGCAAAGUCUCGGCGGUGGAGAAGGCGGCCUUCCUACGCAGCAUCAAAGGGGAGGAAGUGCAACACGCUGCUGCGGCUACUUCCCCCCAAGUUGGCCGACGAACUCUAACCGGUCGAUGCCGGCUAUGGACGCCUCCUCAAAGCCGAAUCGGUAACGAGCUGGAUGAAUUUCUUGGGCACGAGGAAAACCUUUGCCUGUGGGAGACCAACAAGCUUUCAGCUGGUGCAAGGCGAAUCCUUUUCACGCGAUUCAUUGCAAGGGCGGUCGCGCGAAUGGACCGUUGGCCUGGGUACCGCCAUCGCCUGUUCGAGAAGACCGGACUGGCGAUGACGGCAGACGGGUCGUUGGACGACCGCAUCACUCCGGAGGGUGUAGUUGGGGCGUACAACUUCAUGGACGGGGGCACGAGCAGUGACGAGGAGAUGCCCGACCAGGAUGAUGAAGUCAGCGACGACGAUGGGGGGGCGGGCGGUGGCGAAUCAAGCUGCGACAGCGACGCAAGCGCAGAUGAUGAUGGUGAUGACCACGGCGAUGUUCAAGCCCCCCUGUCACAGCUAGACAGCGACGAUGACGUCGACUCCGACGAUGACAUCAUCGCGAUGGAGCUUCCGGUCGGAUUCCGUCUUCAAGAGUCUCCUCCAGAAAAUCUGGAUCGCGCAUUGAUUAAUCGUUGCGUGUUCUUGAGGCGUGGUAUGGGGUGGUUCUUGGGGCAGAUCAGCCGGGCAGCUCCCCCGCUAAGUAGCCACACCCACACGUACGACUACCGCGUGGUUUUGGCGUACGAUCAAAGCACCGUCAAUGUGAAGAUGCCUCUAGAUGCACACGAUGUAGACGAGGAGAACGCAGCCGUAGGAGCGUGGGCGUUGAUCGAGCCGAUCGACGAUUCGAAUGAGCCGGCGGGGGGGUGUGAAGGUGAACAGCCACGCCGGCAGGGCAGUAGGGCGCGAACCCCCAACGGUCGCAACAUUGACCAACCGGGAUAGAGCAUGCCAAGUUGUGAUAACUUCACCAAUCGAUUUCGAAGGGCGUUAGGGAUAUACGGAGUAUUUUGUCCGCACGCACAUUGGCACAAUGACUUUGCGCGUCUUCUUUUUUUUCAGUUCAGUACCGCCGGGUGUCGUGCAAACAUGUACCCCGCGGGUAGUUUCGUGGCUGGAAAAGGAAAUAGGGAUGAUAAGAAAUCGUGCAAUUUGCAUGGUGGCGAAAAGGCAGGAAAUGGAGAAAAUGAGAAAUCGUGCAAUUCUCGUCGGGGAAAAAUAGGAAAUGCCGACACAAGAAAUUCAGCUCACUACGGCUGCGGCAAUAAGAUGUAAGCCUCAGCUGAAAUAGGUGUUUUUUACGAGUCGGCCGGCACUG